CCAGCAGCGAUCCGACCUAACGCCGCCGACCUCGGGACGUUCAAGUCCCAUCCCCCGAGUUAAUACCAACCGAGACACACCGACGUCUUCCCCAAGGCAGGCCAAGCCAUACGCGCGAAGGGCCUACAAUUCCGGGAAACAGGUGAUGACCUCGGAUCUCAGAGAAACAAUCAAUGCCCGCACCUGCCCAAUCACCUUCACACUGAAGGACGCGAGUUUAUUUGACCAUCCGCACUCGGACGCACUUAUAAUUACGGCCCCCAUCUGCGGCAUUCCCGUCCAUCGGAUCAUGGUGGAUACUGGGGCCUACACGAGCAUCCUCAUGCUCAAGGCGUUCAACAAGCUCGGGAUAGACCCUGCCAAAGUCUGCCCUUGCAAUGACCGUGUCCACGAUUUCAACGGGAGCGUGGCGCUCCCACUAGGUGAAAUCACACUCCCCAUCAGGUUCGGAGGAAACGGGCAGACAUCCAAAGUCAUCAUGGAAACUUUCAAGGUGAUGGAUCUCGACAAUGAAUACAACGCGAUCAUUGGGAGGACGGCGUUGUACAAACUCCGAGCUGUAGUUUCAAUUUUCCAUUAUACGAUAAAAUUCCCGACGGCGGACGGAGAAGGGACCCAUUAUGGGGAACAAAGAGAGGCCAGGGAGCUGUUCCUGGAGAUACCUUCACGAGAUAUUCAUAUGGUAGAAAAAGCCAGCGCCGAGGUAGGCGAUAAUCAAGGUCCUGGGGAAGAUGAACGACCACCAGCUGUAGAUGAAGAAGACAAAACCCGGGAUCGGGGGAGGCGACCUGGGAAAGAACCUGCCAAAGAAGACGACAUCCUCGAUCCCCGAGAUCAGUUCAAGGAGAAGAAGUCGAUGAACCGAGCUGAGCCUUCGGAGGAG